AUGUCUCAAUCAAAAUUGUAUCCUGAAGCUUACCCAAUGUCUUCUGGAAACCCCAACGCAGCAUACAGUAGUGAUGGAGUUACAGGAGGAGGAUAUCAAACUAAGAAAAAGAAGAAUAAGUGGCUGUGGAUCGGUCUACCUCUCCUCUUACUUGCUAUCAUCAUAGGUGCCGUUCUCGGUGGUGUUCUUGGAUCAAGGAAGAGCAACGACGGUGGUGCUUCGACUUCAUCCAACGCAAGUAGCGGCACAAAUGCCAACACCGGUGUUCCAUCCAAUGUAGGCAGUGUCAAUUCUGCAGCCGCCACCAACACCGGUGCUAACGGUGAAGUAUACCUCGCUGUUGCCACCGACAGUUACUUGCUUCCCGUCUACGCAACUGGUACUGCUACUGCUGGCUACGCUGCUCCAACCGUCGACUCCAGCGCCUCUGCCAAAGACUCUUGGCCCACGGACCCCAGCCCCCCCUCUAACUCUUCCAUCCGAGCGAAUCCACGUCUAGCUCCUGCUUACAAAUGGGAAGCUCUCACUUCAGGUGGUCUCAUCGCCAACAACCCUUACUUCAAGCAAUGGAACGCUACUAUCGUACAAAAUGCCAGUGACACCCUCGGUGACGAUCCUACUCCUUACACUGAAGAUGGUGGUUUGAGCGGAUCCGGUGUACUGGAUGUUGCACGAGAAAUCAAACUCAAGGUGAAAAAUUGGGCUUACGCUUACAAAGUUACCAACGAAACUCAAUAUGCCGACCGAGUCUGGCUCGAACUUCAAACUGCUGCCGGAAACAAUUCAGCUGUUUCCUUCGGUGCCGAUGAUGGUACUCGAUGGAACCCAGCUCAUUUCCUGGAUGUUGCAGAAUUCUGUGCCGCUUUCGCAAUCGGUUACGAUUGGUUGUAUGAUUUCUGGACAGAUGAACAGAGGGAUGCUAUCAUGUGGUCCAUCAUCAACCUUGGUUUGAAUCUUGGUCACGCUGCUCUUUCUGGUGAUUCAUCUGCUUCAGCGUAUGAUUGGUGGGCCGGUAGUCAGACCAAUAACCCUGAAGUCAACGGAAAUUGGAAUUGUGUCAUCAACGGUGGUCUCACUCAAGCUGCUAUCGCUAUCAUGGAUCGAGACCCUACCCAGAUUGCCGCGCAAACCCUCGCUCUUACCGUUCCUGAUGCCUAUAACAAUUGUUUCCAAGGUCCUUAUUCCGAUGGUACAUGGGCUGAAACCGCAAACUAUUGGUACUUUGGUACCACAGGUGCUGCUGAAAUGGUAAAUGCUUUGAUCUCUGCAUACGGAGAUGAUCGAGGAUUGGCCGAAUCAAACCCUGGUUUUAACCUUACCUCAGUCUUCCACAUGUACGUACAAGGUAUGACCAGUCUAUUCAACUAUGGUGAUCACGGACCCAACAAGUACUCCGCCACCGCAAACUCUCUUCUUCUCUGGGCCAACGUGUUUGACCAACCUCGAUACGCUCUUUACCAAAGAGAUCAUUACGAUGCUUCUGAACCAUGGUCAAUGUUCUGGUAUAACCCUGCAACUACCGGUACUUGGUGGGAUGGAUUAGCAUUAGAUAAACAUUUCGAUGACCCAGAUGGACAAUGGGCAACUGCAAGAUCAUCGUGGUCAGAUAACUCUGGUACCUAUUGGGCUAUGAAAGCAUCGAAAUUGACUGGACAUCAAACUCAUGGUGAUCUAGAUGUUGGUGAUUUCGUUCUAGAUGCAAUGGGUCAAAGAUGGGCAGGUGAAUUAGGUUCAGGUCAAUACCUAUCUGAUGGUUACUUCUCAAGUGAAACCCAAGAUUCUCAAAGAUGGCUUUAUUACAGAAAGAGAACCGAAGGUCAAAACACUCUUUUGAUUGACAACUUGAAUCAAAAUGUCAAUGCUGAACCUACUGGAAAUUGGGGAUCUACAGGUACAGCUCAAGGUCUCGCUCCUUCAUUAAACGUAUCUACUUCAGAUACCGCUUACUUCUGGACCGACAUGACUUCUGCCUAUAACGGUACCGGUGGUGUUAAACGUGGUAUUAGGUAUAUCAAUGGAAGGAAACAAAUCCUCUUACAAGAUGAUGUAACUACCUCACCAACACUACAAUGGAGAAUGCACACCAACGCUACAGUCUCAACCAACCAAGCCACAGCAACGCUUACAUUAGGCGGUGAGACGUUGGUAGCUUCAAUAGUUCAAGGUCCUUCAGGAGCCGCGUUCUCUACUGCUUCUCCAACAAGAUCAUCUUCAGAUCCUGCUUUACCCACUGGUACAGGUGAUGCCGCUACUUACGAUCAAGAUCAAUCAAACGAUGGUGUCACGGUUUUGACUAUCGAUGUAGCAGAUGGGGGAUCAUUCAGUUUACAAGUUUUAUUCACUCCACAAUGGGGUAGUGGUUUCACAGCUGUUGACACUGUGAACAACGUUGCUUUGGAUUCAUGGAGUUUGACAAGUCAUUAG